UGUACAGUCAUUUCCCUGAAGGGUGUUUCCAGGCGGGGAGUGUUGAAACUGAGCUCAGACUCAUUUGAAGACGGAGCUGAAGGAAGAGAAGCUCAGACUGAGGCAGGACUCACCAUGAUGAAUGAUGAAGAGGAGGACAGAGCAGAGUCUCCAGGAUCCAUCUGUCUGUCUGUGAAGACUGACUGGUCCAAAGAUCUGCCUGACGAGUUCAGACGUGAACCUGGACGCUCAGACACAAAAGUUCAGUCCAACAGACGAGCAGAGUCUCCAGGAUCCAUCUGUCUGUCUGUGAAGAGUGACCGGUCCAAAGAUUUUCCUCCAGACUUAAGUGAUGAACCUGGACGCUCAGACGCAAAAGUUCAGUCCAACAGACGGAGAGCAGAGUCUCCAGGAUCCAGCUGUCUGUCUAUGAAGAGUGACCGGUCCAAAGGUCUACCUGUAUUCUUCAGACAUGAACCUGGACGCUCAGACACAAAAGGGAGUAAGAGGAGUCAUGUUCCUGUGGAGGAGCAGCCGUCCUGCUGUGUUUGGUGUCAGGACGUCCUGAAGGAUCCGGUCUCUACCAGCUGUGGACACUGGUUCUGCAGACACUGCAUCACCUCAUACUGGGACCAGUCUGCUUCAUCAGGAGACUCCUCCUGUCCCCAGUGUGGGAAAAGAUCCAGAACAAGACGUGGACUGCAGACAGCCAGUCAGACCAGCACUGUCCAAAUGAGUGGUGGUCUGCAGGAGGUUUUAGAGAGGGAGGAAGAGGAGAGUGGUGAUUACCCAACCCUGGAUGUCUUCCUGAAGAAGGCCAUGGAGAAAUCCCUUCAAAGUAAAAAUGGUCACCUGGACCUGUUUGUUCGCUUCCUUCAUGGCCUCUCUCUGGAGUCCAACCAGAGACUCUUAGGAGGCCUGCUGGGUCAGACAGACAACAGUCCAGAAAUCAUCCAGAGAGCCAUCAACAACCUGAAGGAGAUGAACAGUGAUGAUAUCUCUCCUGACAGAAGCAUCAACAUCUUCCACUGUCUGAUGGAGAUGAACGAUGACUCAGUCCAUCAGGAGAUCCAAGAGUUCCUGAAGUCAGAGAACAGAUCAGAGAAGAAACUCUCUGAGAUCCACUGCUCAGCUCUGGCCUACAUGCUGCAGAUGUCAGAGGAGGUUCUGGAUGAGUUGGACCUGAACAAGUACAACACAUCAGACCAGGGACGACUGAGACUGAUUCCAGCUGUGAGGAACUGCAGAAAGGCUGUACUUACUUACUGUGGCCUCUCAGAGAGUCACUGUGAAGUCGUGGCCUCAGCUCUGAAGUCCAACCCCAAUCUGACAGAGCUGGACCUGAGCUGGAACAACUGUCAGGAUUCAGGAGUGAAGCUGCUGUGUGCUGGACUGGAGAGUCCAAACUGUAAACUGGAGGCUCUGAGGUCAGUUCACGUGUUUUACUCUGUGUAACUAAUAGUUCUUUUGUUUUCUGUGAUCACAACAUUUAGUCUGUACUCAAACUGGAUUCAUGUUAUGAAUGAAACUGGAUUCAUCCCUCAGUGUGCUGUGAAAUGAAAUCAGUAUUUAGAAUGUUUGUUACAUGUGAGACAUCUAUAUGAACACAUUUUAAGGAAUCUUGUCUUUUAUAUUUUUGCAUGAA